AACCCAAGGCGCGUUCAGGAGCGUUCAGGAAGAUCCGCCGGACUUAUGCAAUUUAUUGUUGAUCGGGUAUGUGGACUGUAGCCUGAAAAACCAAUAUGAAUAGGUCGAAAGAAUCAUUGGCAUGUAGGCUACCUGUGAAGAAUAGAAAGUUUGCCGAGCGCCUGGCUCGCUAAAAGAAACAAAAGUAAAAGCAGUGCCGUGAUCAAAUGCAACUACCGGGACAACCUGCGCCCAUUUCUUCUGUAGCUAUAAAUGCAAAGGACAGAAGUAGGAGGGGGAAGGAUUUCCAAGAUACAGUCAACCCAAGCAACACAUCGGAGUCAAUCCCGAUCAGAAUGAUGGUGAACGUCCUGCUGUCGCUCCUACCAUUACUGACAGGAGUAUGUUCGCUGAGGCGCUUAUCCAUCAGGGCAGGCGAGAUGGUGGUGCUGCGCUGCCCAGAGAAAAAUCAUGAUAACACACAUCUUUUAUGGACCAGCCAUGCCAGACAGAAGAUGAAUCUGACAAAAAGUCUGUCGACACAAUCAGAUGAUCUGAGUCAGAUGGAUGUGCUGCUUCAGGGACGCAGCCUUGUGAUUCUCAGGGCCUCUGUGAGCCAUCAGGGGAACUAUUCGUGCUCGGUUAGGAAUGCCAGCAGCCAGUCAUGGUUCAGUCUGACUGUGUACGAACCACACUCCAAGGAGUAUGAAGAGAGGAAUCGGUAUUCUACAACAUGCUACACACAAGAGUCCUGCACACUGUAUUGUCCUACGGCCAACAUCCCAGCUAAGGACACUCCUAAUAUCACAAGCAGAGGGAUUACAUGGCACAAGGAGGGUGAGACAUCAACAACAUCGAAUAACUUCCCAAGUGUGGUGGGAAAGGAGGGUGGCAUCUAUACGUGCAUCAGAUCUUUCUUAUAUAACAGUCAUAUUUAUAAUAUGAGCUUCAGAGUGGUGCUGGACAUCAAGCCAAGCAAACAUGGACAGUCCAAGAUCCUCUCACCGCAGCAAAAUGAUGUGUUCCUCAUAGAUCUAGGGUCAACGGUGGUGAUUGAGUGCAAAGCUGUUAUGUAUUCGGACUUUGACGAGGUGUUUUGGCUAAGUCAGGAUGCAUUCGUAGAUACUAACGAGAGCCUACCUGUUUUCUACAAUUCUUCAAGAACCAAAUAUAUGGAUGAAAUAAAUAUGACAGCCUCUUUAGUCUUCAGAGACGUGUCGGAGGAGGAUCUGUUGAAGAAAUACACCUGUAAACUGGAAUCUGAUCACCAACGCUCAAGCUUUAUCACCAUCUCUCUGGCUGAAAAAGUAACAAUCAGAAGGCAUACAUGA